GAACAAAUUGCAGAACUCAAGGAAGCUUUUGGACUAUUUGAUAAAGAUGGAGAUGGUUCUGUUACAAUUAAAGAACUUGGUGAUGUCAUGAGGUCUCUUGGUCAUAACCCCAAUGAAACUGAGUUGCGGGAUAUGAUUAAUGAAGUUGAUCUCGAUAAUAAUGGUACAAUUGACUUUAAUGAAUUCCUAAAUAUGAUGGCUCGCAAGGUGAAAGACUCUGAUGCCGAGGAAGAAAUUAAAGAAGCCUUCAAAGUUUUUGAUAAAGACGGCAACGGGCUCAUUUCUGCAGCUGAGUUGAAGACCGUAAUGAGCAGCAUUGGAGAAAAGCUUACAGAUGAAGAAAUUGAUGAAAUGAUCCAUGAAGCUGAUGUUGAUGGUGAUGGACAAAUCAAUUAUGAAGAAUUCGUCAAGAUGAUGAAAACCAAAUAA